AUGGCGUCCUCGAUCCGCAACACGACGGCCGCGUUCCGCCGCAUGGCCGCCGCCACCACCACCACCACGUCGAACGCGGUCGGCGGCCGCGGCAGCAGGAACCUGUCCUCGACCCCGCGCCGCCUCGGCGGCGACGCGCACGCGCACGGCGACCACUACGACCCGCCCAGCGGCUGGCUGUUCGGCGUCGCACCCGGCAAGUACCAGAAGGAGGGCUGGGAGAACAUCUGGAUCUGGGGCUUCCUCGGGAGCCUUGGCAUGGCGGGCCUGGCCUACUGCUACAAGCCUGAUACGAGUAUACAAACCUGGGCUCUUGAGGAGGCCCGGAGACGGCUCGAGGCCGAGGGCAUUCUGGAGGACAAGAACUAA